GCGUUUCCGACCCGGUGGUAGAUUGCGCGAAGCACUGCUCUUGCUGGAACCAGUGUUAGCAACACUCGGCUUUAAGCCCCGUGAGCUCACCUACACGUCACGGAGAAGCUAAAAUAACCUCUCAAGCCUAUCAGCAUAGGUAGGAAGAAAAAACAUUAGACGGAACAUUAGUAUCUGUUUAUAAAAUUAUACGUGUUAGUUUUCGUGUAUUUAAAUUUUGUACGGCAAGUCAGUCAGUGGGAACCGGCCUUAUAUUUGAUUUUACUAUUGACGAACUAGUCAUCGGCCAGUGCGAUACAAACUUUCAUUGUAGUCGCUUGUGUUGCGUAAUCGAGAACAAAUCGAUUUCUAUUCUGGUACCCAAUGCAAAAAUGAAGUUAUUCAUAUUAUUAUUGAUUGCAACAUUGACGACAGCUGACGAGUACUGCAAAGGGAUAUACAUCGAUCAAAAUUAUUACAACGUCGAAAUAAUCAAAGAAGGACUUACCAGAAUAUAUCAGAUAGUAUUUAACGAUAACGAAAACACGUUAUACUUCACAUUCGAUCAAUUAGCAUAUGUCCCGACGAGGCAGUUAGGUUAUAUUAACAUAGCAACAAAAAAAACUGGCAUUAUCGAUAGUAUCCGAAACGCUACGGGUUUGGCAUAUGACAGAUCGAAAAAUCGCAUUUACGUCGGCGGCUCUGACGGUUUGUUUUUCAUUAGUGACGCGAACAAAGUACCAGAAAGAUUACCUGUUGUUGAAAAUAUUAGGUAUCUGUUCUUUAAAGAUGUUUUGUAUAUGAUUAACAAUAACAGGAAGGCGCUUAAGUUUGAUAAUGGCGUGACUGUUCCGGUUAUGGAGUUACAAAAUGUACAAGUAGACGCUCUGAUGCUCGACGAUGGUAAUAAUAUACUGUUUUUGGAUAAUGAAACGCUAUUUCGCGUUCAAUUGGGCACUACAGUUAUUAAUAUACACGAAGGUUAUUCCGUUACUAGCAUAGCCACAGAUAUACAUUAUAAACCUUACGUUUGCACGAAAAAUGGUCUGUACGCCUAUAACAAAUACAAGUUUGCUUUGGAUAAAAAAUCUGAUAAACUAGCCAAUUUAAGAGCUUUGACUUUUAAUAAUAGAAAUGAACCUAUUUAUAUCGCUGUUGGUCAUAUUGUGAAGUUGAUUUACAAUCCAGUACCCUGUUUUGGUGACUAAGGUUUAGUUUUUGUAGAUUUGUUUUUGUUAAAAACAGAAAACUGUUUUUUAAAUAAAUAACUCAAAAUGA